UACUUCAAAGUUUUACUACUUUUAAAAGUUAGUGCAGGUUGAGCAUUUAAAGAGACCUUACGGGUAUUACAGUUAUACUGUUGUAUUAAUUUGAAAUUAUAUUUUUAAACAUGUAUUAUUGUAUAGCAGUGACGUUAAUAGCUCUUGCUUAUGUAUUCUGGGAUGUCAACUACUUCCUAAGGAUAGCUUUCACCAUUGGAAUUGGUCGAUUGUUCCAAAAGAAAUGCGGUAUUAAUGAUACAACCACAAUUUACGGUUUUUGUACGACACAAGAUGUAGACAUCUUCUUGAAGCAUAUGAACAAUGCUCGUUAUGUUCGAGAGCUGGACUUCGCUAGAUUCCACUUCUACGAUCGCACCGGUAUCUAUGAUAACAUCAUGGCAGUUGAUGGCCACGCUCUCCAGGGCGCUUCCAGCAUUCGCUACAGGAGAACCAUCCCUAUAUUUUCAGCUUAUAAAGUUGAAACUAAGUUGGCGUAUUGGGAAGACAAAACAUUGUUCGUUGAGCAAAAGUUCAUCACCUUAAACGAUGGUUUCGUGCGUGCAAUAGUCCUGUCUCGGCAGAAUCUCAUCAACGUGGAUACUGAGAGACUGUUCAAGGGCAUCCCCGGUGCAGACAAAAAGCCCGAAUGUCCUGAAGAAAUCAAACACUGGCUUCAAGCGAUUGAAGUCUCUAGCGCUAAGCUCAGGAAGAAGGAUUAAUUAAUUAACAACCUUUUUUUACUUAAGUCACUAUAUUUAUUAAUGUUUGUUUGUUAAACUGAAACGUGUUAAUGCAAAAAUAAAGGUUGAGGUUACUGAG